AUGGAAAAACGGGGACUCAACGGCGUCCUUUAUUAUUUAAUUCUUAAUGCACCCUUGUUAUUCUGUGUAAAUGGUAAGUCAACUUUGUCUGUCGUGGCAUGCCGUGCUUUUGAUGGUCAACACAAAUGCUGUCAAUCGAACAGCCCUGUCGUUAGAUUUUUUAUUUCAAGCUGUUGUGAUAUGGACGGGACCGGGUCAUUAUUUGAAGUCAAGCUCAUUAUUCUGCUGCAGUGACUUGAUCGUUAGAAGAAAAAAACAAAUGACGUUGUCGAUUAAAUUAUACAUGGGUGAGAGAAUAGAUUGAUAAGAUUAAAGUAUUAGACGCACACAUGUCAAGACUGCGCUUCAGCAGUUUUGGAUAAUGUCCACAUUUCCUCAGUUAUGCUAAGCCUAAUGCUAGAUGAACAUAAUCUCUCAAAACACGUAAAGUAACAAUAAUUAGUAUUCUCAUGGUGACCAAAUACUUGUAUUUAUUGUGUUACAGGUUAUAUCAAACGCCAUGGUCAUUUCAAUUCACAGUGCACGGGUCACAUAAAACCAAUACGCCUAGUUGUGUAGGCUACCUUUGCGUCAUUGCUUCAUUGUCUAUUUUCUUUUAAGUCUUAAACUAUUAUAAACUGAUAUUUUAGAUUAAUGGCAACCUGAAUAUGAUUGUAUUGCGAAAUAAAGACAAUUUGGUUACGGAUAUCACUAAAGUAUUUUAGUUGUCUGUCAUGAGGCUACGUAAUCUCAGACCUUUGUUAAUUUGUCAUUCCACCAUAUUAAUCUAUUCUAUAUGUUGUCUUUUCCCAAUGUUAGCUACAUUUACUGAAGUGCCCAAAGAUGUGAGUGUCGGUGAGGGAGAAGACGUUGAGAUGCCGUGCGCCUUUCGGGCCAUCGGAUCAUCGCCCUUCUCGCUUGAGAUCCAGUGGUGGUACCUAAAGGAGACAACACCUAAAGAACUUGCACACGAACUGCAAAUAAGCGCUCCGGCGAACAGAGCCAAGGUAAUGCUGUUCCAAUGACAGGGAGGGCAGGUUGGGCUGCUCCCGGGCAACUACUGAGAGGGGCUCUGUUUAAAUGUUCGAAGUUGCACCAAAAGUGAUUGACACUUACGGCUACGGCUGUGUGCAAUCUGGCUUUUCAUGAUGGCAUUGCCAUAUGUACGACAUAUGUCGCUAUUUGUUUGAUGGACUUCAUUACAACAUGUUGCCGAAAAAAAGCAUGUGAGUGGAUGUAUUGGAGAUUAUAAACACUGUGUGGCCAUUUAUAUUAAAGAAGGGGAUGUGUGUAUUGGGGUGGGCCGGAGGGGGGACGUCACACCUAAUGAUACAAAUGGCACUUAGGAUUUUAAAAUCAGUUCAGAGAGAGUUCUCAUGCAUGCAGCGGAAAUGCCCACGUUGGAAUAUUCCAUUAUGCUGUUGGAGAACUGUGACAUGAUUACACCCUCUGUGCCUCUGUUUCGAUCGACUCAGGGACACAGAACAACCCCAUCUGUAGUUUCUGCUCUGUUAUUUAACCACAUUAAACAUGCACUGAAAAACACAACCGAUUAUUUAUGACAGCUCGAGAGCUAAUGCAGAUGUCGCUGUCCAUGGUGCUGAUGUCAAUGCACGCUGUUUGGGGAGCAACGCAACUGUUGCUGUCCAUGGUGCUGAUUCCAAUGCACGCAGUUGUAAAAACAAUUUUACAAUGUCGAAAGCUUCUCAAAAUUGCACAUGGCAUUCCAAUGGUGGUGAAGCUAAUAUUGUAACGUGUAACUGCUAUAAAAGAGAGUAUUAUGCAGUCUUGUGUCUCUGGCUGACCAUAACACUUCGACAAAUUUCUGGUUUCAGGUCACUCAAAAGGAUGCCACAAAAAUAAGCGUAAGUGCUUGUGUUUCUCUUGUCACUAACCAUGUCCAGCUGAAACGUUUGAUUUGUUAAAAUGUUCGCUUUUUAUUGUAUUUGUAUAUGGCUGCACAGUUAAGUGCCAUAAUGCAUCUGAGUAAUAAAAUGUUUAUUUCGUUGUUCAAGAUCAUAGUGCUAGCCACAUGAUAUGGCCAAGUGGCGCUAUGAAGGCUGAUUGCCAAUAUUUUAGCACAAGUUAUGGUGGUAACUGUCCAGGCCUCUGGUGCAACUGGGCAUUUUUCCAAGCAUCUUUUUUUCUAGACUUACGACUCCAUUUUGUACAGUUUGCUCCAACCUGGCUGGCUCACCACUAUCACGCCUUUAGAAUAUAAAUAUAACCUAAUCUUGUUUUGAAAUGUAUUCAGAGACUUGCCACACAAAAGGCAGCGUUAAAUCUGCCAUGUUUAGGCCCACCACUAAACUGCGAUGUAAUUGCAUUUUCCUGCCAAGAGGCAAGUUUUUUCUCUAUUGAGACUGCAUCCACACGUUUUUGCAUUUUUGGAUUAUAGGCCUUUAGGCUUUAGGCUAUCAAACGCAUAAGCCCUCAUCACGAGCUGCAUAUGUGGCAGUAGUCUAACGAGUGGCCGGCCUAGUCUACUUUGAUAUAGACAUAUUUAUUUUCGAAACCAACAGGUUAUAUUGUGCAUGUAGCAAUUUCUACUUUUCUCUGUUUCUCUUUGUAGACUGUGAGGGUGCAGGGCAGCGCCAUAUCUCACAGGCUUAGUCUCUCCAAGGUGCGAAAGGAGGACGAGGGGGUGUACGAGUGCCGAGUUUCCGACUUGUACUCCGACGAGACUCAGGAAUACAAGGUUCAAGCCACCCUCCGGGUGAUUCCUCGUGAUGGCAUGGUGGCGGAGGAGGCCGUGUCCCACAUCCAGAAUAGAUGGCCACUGAGGAACAGCAAGGACGCGGUGGCCGGGGGGCGAGCUACCUCUGAGCCGGGUCAGGGAAAGCCUCGUGUGCCUCCUCCGGCGGGACAUGGCCCCCUCCCCGCCAGCACGACGACCACCGCCUCUGCAGCGAAGUCCUCAGCUUCGCCGAGGCCCGGCAAUGCGGCCAUCCUCCGACAACAGCACGGAGCUGGUAAGUUAAAGUGCAACAGUGACACCUAGUGAUACAGGGUGAGAAGAUGGGAGUUUAUGUGUGUUUCUCCUCAAUCUCCUGUCAGACCCUCAGGAGCAUGUCAUUCGGACCAGUGAUUUUGCCCUUUUUUAGUGAAUGAUAAAUUACACUGACAUUUUUAUUGUCAUUAAAUUAUGUAAUGUUAUUUACAAAUAAUAUAUUGGAUGACACUUGUAGAGUACAACACCUGUUACAUGGAAUUAUAUUGCUUGACAGGGCAAUAUUUCUUAAGGGGAGGUACUGUUUCUUUCAUCAUACCAUGGUGGGACAUAUCUGCCUAUCUUGCCACCAGUUGAGACGUUUGAUUUUUCCCGAGGUUAUAGUCAGACUAUGGAGAGUGAGGGAAGGUGUGUAUAUACAGUGGGUAUCAUAAAUAUUCACCCCCUUGGAUUUUUUCCACAUUUUGUUGUGGUUGACAUAGUGGGAUUGAAAUGUCAUUGUCAUUGAUCUACACAAAAUACUCCAUAAUGUCAAAGUGAAAAAAACGUUCUACAAAUGUUAACAAAUUAAUAGGCCUACAAAUUAAAUAACUAAAAUAUAGUUGUUGCAAAAGUAUUCACCCCUUUUGUUUAGGCAAGCCUAAAUUAGUUCAGGAGUGUUCAAAUGUAGCUUAGAAAAUCACAUAAUAAAUUACAUGGACUCACUCUGUGUGAAAUAAUAGGGGUUGACAUAAUUUUUGAAUGACUAUCACUUCCUCUGUCCCCCAUAUAUACACUCAAAAGUUUGGGGUCACUUAGAAAUGUCCUUGUGUUUUUCGAAAGAAAAGCAAUUUUUUUGUCCAUGAAAAUAACAUCAAAUUGAUCAGAAAUACAGUGUAGACAUUGUUAAUGUUGUAAAUGGCUAUUGUAGCUGGAAACGGCAGAUUUUUUAUGGAAUAUCUACAUAGGCGUACAGAGGCCCAUUAUCAGCAACCAUCAGUCCUGUGUACCAAUGGCACGUUGUGUUUGCUAAUCUAAGUUGAUCAUUUUAAAAGGAUAAUUGAUCAUUAGAAAAACCUUUUUCAAUUAUGUUAGCAUAGCUGAAAACUGUUGUGCUGAAUAAAGAAGCAAUAAAACUGGCCUUCUUGAGACUAGUUGAGUAUCUGGAGCAUCAGCAAUUGUGGGUUCGAUUCCAGGCUCAAAAUGGCCAGAAACAAAUAACUUUCUUCUGAAACUCGUCAGUCUAUUCUUGUUCUGAGAAAUGAAGGCUAUUCCAUGUGAGAAAUUGCCAAAAAACUGAAGAUCUUGUACAAUGCUGUGUACUACUCCCUUCACAGAACAGCGCAAACUGGCUCUAACCAGAAUAGAAAGAGGAGUGGGAGGUCCCGGUGCACAACUGAGCAAGAGGACAAAUACAUUCAAGUGUCUAGUUUGAGAAACAAACGCCUCACAAGUUCUCAACUGGCAGCUUCAUUAAAUAGUACCUGCAAAACACCAGUCUCAACGUCAACAGUGAAGAGGCGACUCCGGGAUGCUGACCUUCUAGGCAGAGUUGUAAAGAAAAAGCCAUAACUCAGACUGGCCAAUAAAAAUUAAAUAUUAAGAUGGGCAAAAGAACAAAGACACUGGACAGAGGAAGAUUGGAAAAAAGUGUUAUGGACAUAUGAAUUGAAGUUUGAGGUGUUCGGAUCACAAAGAAGAACAUUUGUGAGACGCAGGCCAAAUGAAAAGAUGCUGGAGGAGUGCUUGAUGCCAUCUGUCAAGCAUGAUGGAAACAAUGUGACAGCCAUGUAAAUAGUCCGGAUGGCCAUUUGAUUAAUUGUUCAGCAGUUUUAUAGCUUGGGGGUAGAAGCUGUUAAGGAGCGUUUUGGACCAAGACUUGGCGCUUGCCAUGCGGUAGCAGAGAGAACAGUCAAUGACUUGGGUGACUGGAGUUUUUUGGGCCUUCCUCUGACACCCGCCUAGUAUAUAGGUCCUGGAUGGCAGGAAGCUUGGCCCCUGUGAUGUAUUGGGCCGUACGGAAUACCCUCUGUAGCGCCUUACGGCCAUAUGCCAAGCACUUGUCAUACCUGGCGGUGAUGCAACCGGCCAGGAUGCAUUCGGUGGUGCAGCUGUUGUACUUUUUGAGGAUCUGGGGACCCAUGCCAAAUCUUUCAGUCUCCUGAGGGGGAAAAGGUGUUGUUGUGCCCUCUUCACGACUGUCUUGGUGUUUUUGGACCAUGAUAGUUUGUUGGUGAUGUGGACACCAAGGACUUGAAACUCUCAACCCGCUCCACUACAGCCCUGUCAAUGUUAAUGGGGUUCUGUUCGGCCCUCCUUUUCCUGUAGUCCACGAUCUGCUCCUUUGUCUUUCUCACAUUGAGGGAGAGGAUGUUGUCCUUGCAACACACUGCCAGGUCUCUAACCUCCUCCCUAUAGGCUGUCUCAUCGUUUUCGGUGAUCAGGCCUACCACUGUUGUGUCGUCAGCAAACGUAAUGUUGGUGUUGGAGUCGUGCUUGGCCACACAGUCGUGGGUGAACAGGGAGUACAGGAGCGGACUAAGCACGCAACCCUGAGGGUCCCCGGUUGAGAAUCAGCGUGGCAGAUGUGUUGCUGCCUACCCUUACCACCUGGGGGCGGCCCGUCAGGAAGUCCAGGAUCCAGUUGUAGAGGGAGGUGUUUAGUCCCAGGGUCAUUAGCUUAGUGAUUACUUUUGUGGGCACUAUGGUGUUGAACGCUGACCUGUAGUCAAUGAACAGCAUUCUCACAUAGGUGUUCCUUUUGUCCAGGUGGGAAAGGGCAGUGUGGAGUGCGAUUGAGAUUGCGUCAUCUGUGGAUCUGUUGGGGCGGUAUGCGAAUUGGAGUGGGUCUGGUUGUUUCCGGGAUGAUGGCGUUGAUAUGAGCCAUGACCAGCCUUUCAAAGGACUUCAUGGCUACCGAAAUGAGUUACUCCACAAUAAUUACCUAAAUGACAGAGUGAAUAGAGUAAUAUAUAUGUAUUCGGAAAGUAUUCAGACCCCUUGACUGUUUUCCACAUUUUGUUAUAUUACAGCCUUAUUCUAAAGUUGAUUUUUUUUUAAAGAAAAUCCUCAGCAAUCUACACACAAUAUCCCAUAAAAACAGGUUUUUAGAAAUGUUUGCAAAUGUAUUAACAAUUAAAAACAAAAAUACGUUAUUUACAUAAGUAUUCAGACACUUUGCUAUGAGACUCUAAAUUUGAGCUCAGGUCAUCCUGUUUCCAUUGAUCAUCCUUGAGAUGUUUCUACAACUUGAUUGGAGUCCACCUGUGGUAAAUUCACCUAAAAACUCUCAGACCAUGAGAAACAACAUUCUCUGGUCUGAUGAAACCGAGACUGAACUCUUUGGCCUGAAUGCCAAGCGUCACGUCUGGAGGAAACCUGGCACCAUCCCUACGGUGAAGCAUGGUGGUGGCAACAUCAUGCUGUGGGGAUGUUUUUCAGCGGCAGGGACUGGGAGACUAGGUAGGCUCGAGGCAAAGAUGAACAGAGCAAAGUACGGAGAGAUCCUUGAUGAAAACCUGCUCCAGAGCACCCAGGUCCUCAGACCGGGGCGAAGGUUCACCUUCCAACAGGACAUCGACCCUAAGCACACAGCCAAGACAAUGUAGGAGUGGCUUUGGGACAAGUGUCUGAAUGUCCUUGAGUGGCCCAGUCAGAGCCCGGACUUGAACCCGAUCAAACAUCUCUGGAGAGACCUGAAAAUAGCUGUGCAGCGACGCUCCCCAUCCAACUUGACAGAGCUUGAGAGGAUCUGCAGAGAAGAAUGGGAGAAACCCCCCAAAUACAGGUGUGCCAAGACUUGAGGCAGUAAUUGCUACCAAAGGUUCUUCAACAAAGUACUGAGUGAAGGGUCUGAAUACUUGUGAUAUUUCCGUUUUUUGUUUUGUAUAAAUGUGAAUUCUUUUUCUCUCAAAUAAACUAUUUUUGCUUUGUCAUUAUGGGGCAUUUUGUAUAGAUUGAUGAGUGGAAAAACCAAUUUGAUCCAUUUUAGAACAAGGCUGUAACGUAACAAAAUGUGGAAAAAGUCAAGGGGUCUGAAUACUUUCCGAAUGCACUGUAUAUAAUAAACAUAUUCCAAAACUUGCAUCCUGUAUGCAACAAGGCACUAAAGUAAGGCUGCAAUAAAAACACGGCAAAGGAAUAACUUUUUGGAAUAAAUGCAAAGCCUUAUGUUUGGGGCAAAUCCAUCACAAUCCAUCCCUGAGUAACUGCCUCCUUAUUUUCAAGCAUUGUGGUGGCUGCAUCAUGGUAUGGGUAUGCUUGACAUCGGCAAAACUGGGGAGUUUUUCAGGAUAAAAAGAAACAGGAUGGAGCUUAGCACAGGCACAAUCCUAGAGGAAAACCUGCUUCAGUCUGCUUUACACCAUACGCUGGGAGAAAUAUUCACGUUUUAGCAGGACAAUAACCUACAACACAAGGCCAAAUCUAUACUGGAGUUGCUCACCAAGAAGACAGUGAAUGUUCCUGAGUGGCCAAGUUACAGUUUUGACUUAAAUCUGCUCGAAAUCUAUGGCAAGACUUGAAAAUGACUGUCUAGCCAUGACCCCUAACACCUUGACAGAGCUUGAAGAAUUUUGAAAAGAAUAAUGGGAAAAUAUCGCACAAUCCAGGUGUGAAAAGUAGGGAAUUUUUCUUUCACUUUGACAUUAAAGUAUUUUGUGUAGCUCAAUGACAACACUUUGUAACGCAACAAAAUCUGAAAAAUCCAAGGGGGGUGAAUACUUAUGAUUCCCCACUGAGGAGAGUGACAGGUUAUUGCCUUUAUAGUGUCCACCAUACAGAGAAAUAAAUGAUAAAGAUAUGAUUCACAAUGGCCAUGGAUACGAUGUCUCCUCAUGAUCUCCGCACUAUAACGUGAGAGUGCCUUAAAGCAGACCUUGGAGAGAGCGAGCAGGGGGCUAGCUCACAUGUCAGACUCGCUACUGAUCGAUGAAGCAUACUCCUGAAUAAUUAAAUUUCACAGACUCCGCAGGAGGGUUUAAUUCGCCGUUCUGCCAUAUCAGACGUACAGCUGCUGACGCAGUGGUGGUGCAGCAUGGGAGACAUGUCUGGCUGGGGGUAGGGAAGGUGGAGACAUACUUAUCGGUAUGUGGGAUCACACUUGUCUGUUUAUGUGCAUUAGCAUGUAACUGUUUGCUGAUGUAUGUUUUGAUUGUGUCUGCGUGUGUGUACAGACAUUAUGUGAAAGCAGCCAGGGAGACCAUGUUCAUUUCUCUGGCUGGAAGCAUGUGUGCAGACUUCUCCUCUCUCCUGGCUAUUGCUGUCAGUGCGUUGGUGGUUUGCAGGGUGGCUAAGGGGGUAAUGUAGAGCAGGGCCCUCGUCUAAUGAUAGGGCUGUUGCCAGGGUUCUAGCCUCUUUACAUGGGGUUGUCUCUCUCCUCAAGGGUUCUAUACUUCCGUGUGGUGAUAAGAGUGAAAGGAACUCCUGAAGGGAAGUUUUAGAAAUACUUUAGAGGCCCUUGGAGGAGACAUGGUAGGGGAGUUCCAUUCUCUGUUUCUUCCCUAGUGUGUCUAUCGUACUCAGUGUUGUGUCUGCUCGACGUGUGUUGUGGCUUGUCGGGAUGGCUGUUCUCCCCUUGCUGUGGCUUUGUCCUCAGGGCAGUGGAGGACAGCUGGUGGUCGAUGACUGGAGGAGAGGACUCCAGAGGAAACAGUUAUACAACUCUACCUGUGUCUUUGAGCACAGUGCUUCACCUCUGAUUCAGUAAUAUCAUCCAACAACAUGUAUAUAUCAAUGUAUGCUUGAAGCCAAUGCCAUCAACAGAAAAUGUAAUCAACAGAGCUGUGCAAAUUGGUUAUUGGAAUUCUACAUUUACUUAUACUUGUUAGUCAUUUAGCAGACUCUCUUAUCCAGAGGCCAUGGAUCCAUUUGGUAUUUUCUGUGUGAGUCGAAUCCCUUACUUUCUGAAUGAAGCUAACUGACAACCAAGGGGUAAUCAUGCAAACAACACCAAGCUAAUAGAAUGGCACCAUGCUGUUCGGCCUCCUCGUGUUGGACUGUUUAGAACACUGGAUGCUGCCAUCCUGGACAUGUGCUGUGGACGUGAGAACAGCCUAGUGCACGUUAAAUGCCCUGGGACUGGCACUGUGGAUCAGCAUGCUCGGCCAGCCAUGUCCUUAGCGAAGCGAGUUGGAGGCGGCCAUUUGGCGAGAAAAUCAAACAAUACCAGUAAAUCAAAAAGCAAGAUAAACUCCAGAGGGAGCUCAGUAAAAGCUGACUCGAUCGGCUGCAGCGAGAGGAGAGAGGGAGCUCUAGAGUUCGGCAGAGCGAGAGAGCGCGACGCGCUCUCUGAGAGUAGGAGCGCAUCGAGAGAGAGGAGGAGUGCAGAGCUCGAGGAUGCGAGAGAUCGUCAAUAGAGAGGCUAGAGAGUCUCUCUCUAUCUCUCUCUAAGAUUCUCUAUCUCUCUGCUCUCUCUCUCUCUUCUCUCUCUCUCUCUGCUCUCUCUCUCUCUCUCUCUCUCUCUCUCUCUCUCUCUCUCAUUUUGUUGUUGCUUUUUUGAGACUUUUCAAUCACCUAAAUGUCAAAUUAGCCUGCGGUUGUUCCAAAAGAAAUGUCAUUGAUGUUCAAUAUUACCGUUAAGCUCUAAUUCUAAAUUCUAAAAUCAGAAUCCUAUUCACUGUUUGAUUAGUAGACUUGAAUACAAUAGCGCUCUGUUUUGAUUACACAACGAGCUAAGGUCAGGCAGCCAUUGUUAGGGCAAUUGGAUUGACUGACAAACAUUUGUAUAUGCCUCAUACUGAGCAGUAAUACUUCUAUGCUCCAGUUCGAAAUACUGAUUUAGUAUCGAAAAACAACAUCAUCUGAGGAUCAGAGUUAUUAUAGACUGAGCUCUGGGCUAGUUGUCUAAACAUGAUUGUCCAGUACAGAGCAAGGCAAGCUCACCUGUUGAUUUAGGAAAAUCUGAUGCAUAUUAUUUUUCAUAUUUUACUGUUUGCUCAAGGCUGCUAUAUUCCUUUAAAUUGGCUGGCCAGUAUUUUCUUCUCUGUCUCUCGUCAUGUAUCUCUGCCAGACUAAAUCAAAUACAGUAAGUCAAUCAAUGUAAAAGUGCCUCCCUGAAACUUUUACAUUGACGGAGGGAUACAGAAUUUGUCUUGGCUUUUUUCUUUAAGUGAACCCCACAACAUAUUUGUCAACAGCUUGUGAAGGUUAAAAAGCACCCUGGCAUAUUUGAAAGAUUGGCCUUCUCCUGUCUUACCACAAUUACGACAGCUGAGGGGAAAAAAUGCGAUCUGCCCGCCUCUCGGAAAUGCGUGCAUCUGUCACUUUUCUGCAAUGUCAUCUGGCUGAGUGGCAGAAACAAUUAAUAUUAAAGGGGAAAUGCCACGGGCAGGUGGCAGAUAAGCCGGGUCCUCACCACACUGUCAGGUGUCUCAAAUUGCCUCUCACAUUUUAAUUUUUUCAUCUGGGGGUUUGGUGGCCUUGCUGGGAUAACAGAUAAACGUGCAGUGCACCAUUCUCCAGAGCUUCACAGGGAACCAGAUAGACAGUCCCAUGGAGGAUCAGUGGCUAACACUUUGGAGGUGGAGGUUGUCUUACAUGAAUUCACAGUGGAAUGUGUGGAGACUUCACAGUUGUGAAUGUUCCUCCUAGUUCUUAAUUCACUAACAGAAAAACUACGAAAUGCUACUACACAACAGUGAAAUGGAACCAUGUUGAAACUUUAAACUGUGAAUACAACCAUCCAUGGAAUCACAACCACUAAUCCUAGCAUUUUUCAACAUUACAAACAGAAUAUUAUUGUAAAGAUUUUCAUCUCAUCGCAUUUCUUUGUUUGUGGCACCUCCCAAGCAUUUAUACAAUAUUGUUUUCCCUUACUUUACAUUCACCUGAAAUAUUGUUUUACGUAUCAGUCAUUUGGCUCACUUGUUUCACAAAAUCAACCUGUAUGUAGGCCAAUCUGAAAGCCAAUUACAAUGUGAACCGCUAUUACUUAGAUAAUUAAUUGAUGAAUCAUCAAACUAAUUCACUGGAAUAUUCAAAAUUAUAAUUUUAUUGACUAUCUAUAUUGAUUACGGACUGCGUGAUUAAUAGGAACAUUUGGUUAAUGGAAAUAUUCCAUAUUGCGGAUGUGGGAGUUAGUUAGAUAAUGUUGCUGUUUGUAUUAUUCACAGUGAAAGUGAGGUGAGAGACAGAGAGAGAGAGAGCAAUAGGAGCAGUUGACAAUGCAAUAGGAUAUGCAAUAAUAUUAAGCAUUGUGACUGUGUGCACUCAGCAGUUUGGGAGUAAUGACUUGGCAGGUGAGCUUGUUUGGUAGGGGGUGAGGAGGAUGGCAUAGAGCAAGAGGAUAGCCAGACAGUGGUGAUGCAAGAGCUCACUCGAAUACACCUACCUAAAAUGCAAUGGUCUGCUUGCCACCCUAGAUGACCUUGAUAUCCCUUGGCAAAAGUAUUUGUCUCUGGCUGGACAGCUGUCUCAAUCCAUCAUUAAACACUCAGUCUAUCUCAUCCUGUGUGUGUGUGUGUGUGUGUGUGUGUGUGUGUGUGUGUGUUUAUGCCAUCCAUGCCUGUUAGUUGCAUUACUAUCAAAUGUGAUUAAAAUACAUUUAAAUAUUAUAAACUGUAUAUUGGACAUGGCUGAUUUUCCUGUCCGUUUGUGAAGGCUCGCCAGGGUUGGCGAGGGUGUACCUGUGGAGGUAACAAGGUGUGAGAGUACAUUAGUCUGAGGUAAUGGACACUGUGUGUCUGCAUGUUAACAGGCUGAUGUGGCUUUUCAGUUGUCAGUCUCCGCUCCGAGGACAAUUAUGACAAGUGUUAGAUAACUGUCAGGACUUACAGACUGUGUGGAAAGCACUUUACUUCUCCCAAUGUGGUGUUGAUUGACUUUUGUUCAUUGCUUGCCUGGCAAAAGGCACUGUGCUGGUUUUGUAAUCUCUGUGACAGAUGAUGGCUGGACGGUUAUGGGGACUUCACAGCACUCUAUUAUUAUCGGGCCUUUGUGUUGCUGCCUAUAGCUCAUCCAAGACAAUGAGACAGUGGGAAAAGUGGUAGAGAGGUGGAGAGUUCUCACUUAAAUGAGUGGUCACUUUCACCUAUAAGGAAAGACACUACAUGACCUAUAGGGAACAAUGGUACAGUGGGGAAAAAAAGCAUUUAGUCAGCCACCAAUUGUGCAAGUUCUCCCACUUAAAAAGAUGAGAGAGGCCUGUAAUUUUCAUCAUAGGUACACGUCAACUAUGACAGACAAAAUUAGGAAAAAAAUUCCAGAAAAUCACAUUGUAGGAUUUUUAAUGAAUUUAUUUGCAAAUUAUGGUGGAAAAUAAGUAUUUGGUCAAUAACAAAAAUGUCUAAAUACUUUGUUAUAUAACCUUUGUUGGCAAUGACACAGGUCAAACAUUUUCUGUAAGUCUUCACAAGGUUUUCACACACUGUUGCUGGUAUUUUGGCCCAUUCCUCCAUGCAGAUCUCCUCUAGAGCAGUGAUGUUUUGGGGCUGUCGCUGGGCAACACGGACUUUCAACUCCCUCCAAAGAUUUUCUAUGGGGUUGAGAUCUGGAGACUGGCUAGGCCACUCCAGGACCUUGAAAUGCUUCUUACGAAGCCACUCCUUCGUUGCCCGGGCGGUGUGUUUGGGAUCAUUGUCAUGCUGAAAGACCCAGCCACGUUUCAUCUUCAAUGCCCUUGCUGAUGGAAGGAGGUUUUCACUCAAAAUCUCACGAUACAUGGCCCCAUUCAUUCUUUCCUUUACACGGAUCAGUCGUCCUGGUCCCUUUGCAGAAAAACAGCCCCAAAGCAUGAUGUUUCCACCCCCAUGAUUCACAGUAGGUAUGGUGUUAUUUGGAUGCAACUCAGCAUUCUUUGUCCUCCAAACACAACGAGUUGAGUUUUUACCAAAAAGUUAUAUUUUGGUUUCAUCUGACCAUUUGACAUUCUCCAAAUCCUCUUCUGGAUCAUCCAAAUGCACUCUAGCAAACUUCAGACGGGCCUGGACAUGUACUGGCUUAAGCAGGGGGACACGCCUGGCACUGCAGGAUUUGAGUCCCUGGCGGCGUAGUGUGUUACUGAUGGUAGGCUUUGUUACUUUGGUCCCAGCUCUCUGCAGGUCAUUCACUAGGUCCCCCCGUGUGGUUCUGGGAUUUUUGCUCACCGUUCUUGUGAUCAUUUUGACCCCACGGGGUGAGAUCUUGCGUGGAGCCCCAGAUCGAGGGAGAUUAUCAGUGGUCUUGUAUGUCUUCCAUUUCCUAAUAAUUGCUCCCACAGUUGAUUUCUUCAAACCAAGCUGCUUACCUAUUGCAGAUUCAGUCUUCCCAGCCUGGUGCAGGUCUACAAUUUUGUUUCUGGUGUCCUUUGACAGCUCUUUGGUCUUGGCCAUAGUGGAGUUUGGAGUGUGACUGUUUGAGGUUGUGGACAGGUGUCUUUUAUACUGAUAACAAGUUCAAACAGCUGCCAUUAAUACAGGUAACGAGUGGAGGACAGAGGAGCCUCUUAAAGAAGAAGUUACAGGUCUGUGAGAGCCAGAAAUCUUGCUUGUUUGUAGGUGACCAAAUACUUAUUUUCCACCAUAAUUUGCAAAUAAAUUCAUAAAAAAUCCUACAAUGUGAUUUUCUGGAUUUCUUUUCCUCAAUUUGUCUGUCAUAGUUGAUGUGUACCUAUGAUGAAAAUUACAGGCCUCUCUCAUCUUUUUAAGUGGGAGAACUUGCACAAUUAGUGGCUGACUAAAUACUUUUUUUCCCCACUGUAGCUGGCAAUCCAUAAUGGUAGAUCUCUGUAGCGGUUCUCUUUAUUUUAGCUACCCCAAGCAGUCAGAGUUACAAACCUAUGGCGCACUGCAAGCUGAGGGUGAAAUGGUGGAGGAGGCCUUGUUUGCCUCACACUCAGUUUGAAUUAUUGAACUUCCAAGGCUUUUUGUUUCCUUUGGGUGAAGCCUGUGGGUGUUCAACCUCCCCCUAACAAAAGAGAACAUUGACUUUUGACCCGUAUGUAUCCAUGAGGACAAACUUAGGCACCAACCAGAGAAUUAUCAUACAAAAUCCUUCUUUGUAUGUUCAGUCCAAUUAAACGAAUAGAACAAAGUCAACCACCUUGGUUUUUUCUCUGUCUCUCUUUGCAACAUAGUCUUUUGCCUUUCUUUUUACUGUAUCUAUCUACAGUACUUUGUAUUACACUCCCCAUUGCACACUCCAUGCUCUGAAAAUGUUUUUUUCUUUAUCCGUGUCUGUGUUUUCAUUCGUUCUAUUUGUCCUCCCCCAUAUGCAAUUCCUAAUCAUUCCCCUAUUGAGCCGUCUAGCAGAUGCCAACCGUAACCUUCGAGAAUAGUGAUGUCAUCCUAAUGGCCAUUAGUUACAGGUCUACACAGUGCAUAGCUGUUACUCUACAGAAACACUCAUAUCUAACAGAAUGAUGAGAUUGUACCUCUCAUACCCAAGAGGUUCUACUUUAGGUAGAUUGUCAAUGUGUGAGAGAGAAAGAGAGAGAGAGAGGUAGAGGGAGACAGAGCGAGAGAGGGAGACAGACAGAGAGAGGGAGACAGACAGAGAGAGGGAGACAGAGAGAGAGAGAGAGAGAGAGAGAGAGAGAGAGAGAGAGAGAGAGAGAGAGAGAGAGAGAGAGAGAGAGAGAGAGAGAUGAGAGGAGAGAGAGAGAGAGAGAGAGAGAGAGGAGGAAGGAGACCUGGAGCAGAGAGAGAGAGAGAGAGGAGAGGAGAGAGAGAGAGAGAGGGGAGAGGUAGAGAAGGGGAGAGAGAGAGAGAGGGGGUGGGAAAUAAAGUCAAGUGUUGAACCUUCCAACCUCACAGUGCUGGUGUGCUAAUGACAGUAAUUAUUCUGCAAACAGGGCAUGUAGCUGAGUCAUAUCUAGUGUUGUACACUGUAUGAGGGUGUAUUGUUUCUGCUUCUCUUUGCCCUCAUUGAACUGGCAUGUGAUCUCCAAAUAAUAUGUUGGGCCUAUUAAUUAGCGAAAUUUCAACACCCCCACAUCGUACACCACAGAUGGUUUUUUAACCCAAUGUCCAGGUUUUAGUUUCUGAAUAUUUGAAUGUGGUGGGUUAUAUAAAGUACAGCAGAUUGUCUGCCAUUUGAAUUGUCUUUUUAAAGGUCGAGAUUACUCUCACAAACCUACAUUUCCAUUGGAUGUAAAAUAUUGGCUAACUGAUUUAGCUACAGUAGACAGAUGAUCUUACAGACACUGUGAUCUGAGGGUAAGUGCUUUGAUUGAUUCAAAACUCAGGGGAGAAUCAUCUGAACUUCAAGGCAAAGCAAUGUUAUUCCUACAGAGAGAUAUCCACCGAUACUUAAACAUAGUUUGAAGAUAAACGCGACAGAUCCCAACAGUGUUGUGUGAAUUUGGAGUUGGAGCAGUGUUUGCUCUUAUGAGAGUAAACUAAUAUCCUCUCAUGUAGUGCUUACAGUAGGGGGAUUAGUGUGGCUUGAGUAAUGCCUUGGUGUUACAACUUUGGUGACUGCUGUGUGGAAUGAUCAUGCCAACAAUGGUCCUGGGAGAAGCUUUCAAGUUUUAGCCGAUUUGUGUAGGUUUAUUCAUUUAGUUAUUUUCAUGGCUUUUGUUUGACCUUUGUAUUUAACAGAGCUUUACCUGCAUUCCUUCUUCAAUGAACACAUAUUUUAAUUGUCAGAGUAGGAGAGGGUCAGACAAAGAUCACCAUAGAGGACACAGGGUGAAACCAUUGUUUAAUGUAUGUAUGGGUCCUCUGUAGCUCAGUUGGUAGAGCAUGGCGCUUGCAACGCCAGGGUUGUGGGUUUGUUUCCCACGGGGGCCAGUAUGAAAAAAAUGUAUGCACUCACUAACUGUAAGUCGCUCUGGAUAAGAGCAUCUGCUAAAUGACGUAAAUGUAGUUGUGGAUUGAAAAUAAUGAGUUUUUGUUGUGUCUGUUGAAGUUUUAGAAUAUUCUAUAGACUAGAGUAGAAUACAACAUAGAAUAGAGGGUUUUGUGCCAAAGAUGUUAUAUAAAUGUUAUACGCAUCAGUGCAUGAGAAGAAGUUCUGGUUUCUCAAGCAGUGUACCUGAAAGGUGUGGGUUUUCGCAGCGCUAAAUUAUUAUCUAUUAACACCAGAUUUGAACUUUUAACAGAUGUUUUUUUUUUUGGGAGGUAGAUCAGCUUAAAUAUUGCAGAUAGAUUGUAACUUCCAUCAAUGUAAUUGUCUGCAUCACUUCCAAUCCCCCAUUAGUUUUUUCUCUCGCAUAUAUAUAUAUAUAUACAUAUACAUACACAUACAGUGGCUUGCGAAAGUAUUCACCCACCUUGGCAUUUUCCCUAUUUUGUUGCCUUACAACCUGGAAUUAAAAUUGAUUUUUGGGGGGUUUGUAUCAUUUGAUUUACACAACAUGCCUACAAACAAGAAAUAAGACAAAAAAACUGAAAACUUGAGCGUGCAUAAAUAUUCACCCCCCCCAAAGUCAAUACUUUGUAGAGCCACCUUUUGCAGCAAUUAUAGCUGCAAGUCCCUUGGGGUAUGCCUAUAAGCUUGGCACAUCUAGCCACUGGGAUUUUUGCCCAUUCUUCAAGGCAAAACUGCUCCAGCUCCUUCAAGAUGGAUGGGUUAAGCUGGUGUACAGCAAUCUCUAAGUCAUACCACAUAUUCUCGAUUGGAUUGAGGUCUGGGCUUUGACUAGGCCAUUCCAAGACAUUUAAAUGUUUCCCCUUAAACCACUUGAGUGUUGCUUUAGCAGUAUGCUUAGGGUCAUUGUCCUGCAGGAAGGUGAACCUCCGUCCCAGGCUCAAAUCUCUGGGAGACUGAAACAGGUUUCCCUCAAGAAUUUUCCUGUAUUUAGCACCAUCCAUCAUUCCUUCAAUUCUGACCAGUUUCCCAGUCCCUGCCGAUGAAAAACAUCCCCACAGCAUGAUGCUGCCACCACCAUGCUUCACUGUGGGGAUGGUGUUCUCAGGGUGAUGAGAGGUGUUGGGUUUGCGCCAGACAUAGCGUUUUCCUUGAUCUGACCAGAGUACCUUCUUCCAUAUGUUUGGGGAGUCUCCCACAUGCCUUUUGGCGAACACCAAACGUGUUUGCUUAUUUUUUUCUUUAAGCAAUGGCUUUUUUCUGGCCACUUUUCCGUAAAGCCCAGCUCUGUGGAGUGUACGGCUUAAAGUAGUCCCGUGUAGCUCAUAUAUAACCUAUAUAUAACCUAUAUACCGAAUUCAUAUUCAUUAUAUAAAUAGGCCCAUUUAAUUUUGUCUGGCUUGCCGUUCCAAAUAAAAUGGAAUCUUUUUUUCUCAUAUAAUUUAAAAAAAACUGUUCGCUAGGCGUAGGCAAGACCAUAAGCAAAUAGGUAAACUGGGAUAAUACUAAAGAGUUAAUCAGGGUGAUUUUUCCACAAAUAGACUGGUAUUUACCUUUCCAUGGUAGCAAGAUCUUAUCUAUUUUUGCAACAUUCUAUUAAAAUGUAUUGGAGUGAGAUCAUUUAUUUCAUUUGGGAUAUGUAUUCCGAGUAUAUCCACAUCACCAUCAGACCAUUUUAUUGGUAAACUACAUGGUCAUGUAAAAUUUUUAUUUUUUAGUGAUCCAAUACGUAAUAUAGUACAUUUAUCAUAAUUUGGUUGUAAUCCAGAGAGGUUAGAAAAUGUAUCUAGAUCCUCUAUGAGGCUGUGGAGGGAUUCAAGUUGUGGAUAUAAAAGAAGACAUGAAUCAUCAGCAUACAAUGACACCUUUGUUUUUAAGAUGUGGAUCAUUCACACAUUGCAUGACUAACCCAUUUCAAAAGGGGAUCUGAGGCAUUCCUCUGUUCCUUACCAAUAUCACAACUGAGAAUCCUGCUCUGUUUCCACAUUUCAAUCACGAAGUGCUUUUUAAUACUAAGGUGAUUACAUUUUUACACAGGAACUUAUUUUUUCAACAAAUUUAGAUUGGAUUGGACAUUUUAAAGAUUUCUGUGACAGCACCUGCCAGAAGGGGUGAUUGUAAGGGUCUGAUUGGGGCUGAGGUGGGGUGCGUCACAAGGGGCAGGGUGACAGACAGGGGCGGUCAGAGGCGGCUGUCUCCAGGUAGCCUCAAAUAAACACUUGUCAUUUGUGUCCUUGGUGAGGAGGGUCAGAUAAGCUGCCCUGUCCAGAUGCUGUCCAUCACUCUACAGCCCAUCUACUCAAUGACCAUGGAAGACAGAGAGAGUGCAGAGCAAAGAAAGAGAAAUGUGGCAAGAAUAAAAUGGGGGUGGGACACAAAAGAACAGUUUACAAAGAGGUACAGUGCCAGAGACAUAAACAGAGAGCUGGUGGAAGGAAAUGAGAGAUUGAAACAAUAGAAGUGGAAUGAGGGAGAAACAAGGGGAAUUGAUGCGAAGAUUAGAGCCAAUCAGCGAAUCAACGUUCAGCGAAGUAUAGAGAAAGACAUUUGGUCUAACGCUUCCUCACUCACUCCAUUUUCUCCUGAAUUCACUGCGGCUCUGUUUGUGAUUAAGUCAGCUGGCCUGGCUCUGGGUGAGUCUUGUAAGGCACUGUUAAGCACGUGUAUUGCCCUGUUUGCGUGUAGUAGAGUUCAUGUCUUUGAGUUGAUGUUCGUGUGGUCUUUAUACCAUGUCUUUGGGCCGGGGGAUGAUGGAAAUGCUGGUGUGUGGAUGUGUAGCGGGGCGUGGCCUGGGGAAAACAAGAGUAUGGAAAAACAGACGGCUGUUUCACACUGGAGAUGUCACAGGAACUCCAGCCUCGUUAAACAUUGACUCAUUACGCUUGUUUCUGUGUGUGUGUGAUCUGUAAAAUCCAUCUGGCCCUGCUUUUUGUUUGUUGGGGUCUGUUUUUUGGAGACCGUGUGUGUCCGUUUAUGCAUGUGUGUGUGCGUAAACGAGCAUUUGUGCUCGUGAGCAAGUGUGCGUGUGUCAUAAUGAAACAGCUUUUAGCCCGCAAUUACUCUACUGCUCAAACAGGAAAUGAAAUGUGUCAGAUAGGGACUAGGAGCUGUAUCCAAGGUCCACUCAUCCUCAUAGCCAAGUUCUCCCCGGGAUGUCUCCCACCUUUCCUGUACAAAACCAUCACCAUAAGUAGAUGCUGCCAUUUCAUGGACGCAAAAGGUAGCCAGGCAAUGUGGAUGAAACUCUCACCUCUAUCUCACCAUUAUCUGCAACAUGGCAGCAGAAGUGUGAACGAAAGUAGAUUUGAGAUUUUCCACGACUGCCAUUUUGUCAGCCAUAAUUGUGUGAAAUAUGGCCCAGGUAAUACAGAAUUCUACUCCUGGCAGGGAGUUAACAGAUAUCAUGAGCUACUGUGAGCUUCCAUUAUUCUGGAGGAUCCCCCAAUGUUUCCCAUUCACCACAGCCAGGCAUCCAUGGUUAUGUGUCUUAACACUAUCUCUCUCCUCAGUUUCUGUGUGCAGGUGUGAUUUGUAGCACAGAGACAUUUCCACUGACCUUUCCACCCCCUCUGGUUGUCUUUGUCUGGCCAGGUUCUGGAGCCAUUACCACCACUGACCCGUUCCUCUUCAUCACUCUCCUGAUCCUGCAUAAGCUCCUCCCCUUCCUGUUUGCCCAAUAA